GUCCAAGCCAGGAAGAGCCUACCCUCCGCCAUGGACAACCCACAUCCGGAGGUCGCGGCGAUCUGGUCAAACUUCGCGGGAGGUCAAGCGCAGGGCCACAGCACAGCUUACCGUGCACCCAGCCUGAAUCCAGCAGGACGGCCUCCCUGGCAGCAUCGCAAAGUUCCGGGUGCCCCGCUCAAGCGCGGGCGCCCAACGCAGCCUCAGCUCUUCCGGAUGGACCAGUGGCAAGAGGAGGAGACCUGGGACGAGAAGACGAGUUGGCCCCUUUUCCUGGGACUGUGGGAGGAGUUGAAGGUCCGCCUGACCAAGCUGGCCCAGGACCCCAACAUGAGGAAGGACGCGGCUCGUCAGGGCUGGUGCACUGGGGAAGGAGACCUGUUGUGGAAGUGGCUGGUUUGGGACCCGGCCAGCAAAUCUCUCCAGACGGCAGAGACCCCGGGCAUAACCCAAGCCGCCCUCCUUCAGGAUGUGCAGCAGAUCAUAACGUGGGUGACGGAGCACCCGGAGCUCAUCCUGAACUUCAGAUCCACUCGUCCCCUCACAGGAGAGACGCCAGCGCGCAACAGCACAGUGUUUCUCCUGACCAUAGGCCACAGGAUCGAGGGCGACUUGUUGCACAAACUGUUGAAGGCCAUGAGUGGACAGGC